UUUUUUUUUUUUUUUUACGGCCCCGAGCGUGCGUCGUUGCGCCGUGCCGUCAUAACUAAAAACCGCUGUGACGUACCAGCGGUGGACCUACGUAUGUAAAUUUCAUCCUUCCCAUCUCGCCCACGGCGCUCGGCAUCCGGGCUCUUUGGGCUGGAGAGGCCUUGGAGCGGGACAGUACGCAGUGGGGGCGGUGCAGUCUGAGGGCCCGGUGGGGGGCGGGGUGUAUAUGGCGGCGGCUCUGUCCGCCCUGGCUGCACGGCUCUCGCAGUCGGCCGCCGCCAGGUCCUACGGGGUCUUCUGCAAGGGGCUGACCAGGACCCUCCUCAUCUUCUUCGGCUUGGCCUGGAAGCUCCGGAUCAACUUCCCCUAUCUCUACAUCGUGGCCUCCAUGAUGCUCAACGUCAGGCUGCAGGUUCAUAUUGAGAUCCAUUGACUUGUGACUUGCUGUGCUUAUUGUCUGUGUUGCAACUAGGGUUACUAAUAUUCUGUAUUGCUGUUUAACAAAAUGCAAAGUUUGAAAUGCAAAGAAGAGCUAUGAUUGUCUCCCAUAUGAAUAUGGAGGAGGAAGAAGAUUUAAACCAUGAAUAUUUAUGUGAAAGUGGCCCAAAUAGCCAAAACGAGAUCCUUCACCUUCCAGACAUGUGUUCCUUGUUGAAUAAUUCUCACAUUGAUGUUAAUUGUAGCUUACAAAAAGAAUUCUUUUCUCUUAAGAUUAGGAAUUGUUCUUUAUUUAAGGCUAUACCGUUGCCACAUAUUGGCAAGAAAAUGCCGCCUCAUUUGAGUAAACCAACAAGGUUAAAUUUAAGUGCAGCUGUCUCUUCAAAGGAUUCAUCUCAUCUGCUCUUUUCACCUGAGAGAGGACGACUUGAUAAGGCUUUUAACCACUUUGAUAGUACUUCUGUGACAGAUUGGCUGGAGAAAGUAUAUAGUUCCAUUAGUGACUUGGGUGUCUGGUGUUGCACUGGAGAUAACUUUGUACAUUUUGCACAUUUCUGGCUGUCAGAGCUACAGUACAAUCAAAAAAGGCAAUUGUCGGAAUUAGAAAUGGGUAUUAUUGAGGAUGAAUUGCAACUUGCAUUUCUUAAGAAGUUGGAUUCUGAACUGCAACCUUCUGAUCUGCAUUCCAUCCUUGCUGCCACAUUGAGUGAAUAUCCUAUGGGACUACUGAGCAACCAGAAACUGUAUAUUUUCCUUGACUAUUUAAACGUCAUGUCUUCAGAGCAAACAACUGGAUAUAAAAAAAUGCUUUCAAGUAUAAAAUAUACAACAAAUAAUCCUCAGGUAACACAGUGGCUACUAGCUGUGCGAGCUUUUGUGCUAGCAAAUCUCUGGCAUGCAGUAGUGAAGGUAAAUGCAAAAUAAUGCUGAAAUUUUGAUAAUGGCUGUUUUUAAUAUGAAUAGAAAAUAUAUCUGAUUAAAUUAAACAGUUCUGAGACAAAGUUAGAGUUCAGGUUUUAGUGAGAGCUAUGCAACUAAAAUUAAAUGGCACUUAGAGUUGCUAAUAAAACACUCUUGUCUAAUAAGUAAUGGGGAAUAUUCUAUGGAAUACCAUAACUUCUGGGUUCAGGAGAUUUUAAUUUGGCUUAUUUAGGAUUCAUACAGCUCUCAAAUGAGUUUCCCACAUUAAUGCUUGUCUAAAACAGUUUUUGGCUUUAAUUUUCUAGCACUGAUCUAUUUUUUUUUAAUUUAAUUAAUUUUUUUUUAAAGGGUCUGACCUAAAUCUGUGCUUUUGGCUGGUGUUUAUAGUUCCCCUAUUGGAAAGUUCCUACCUGUAGAAUUCAGUCCAUCUAUCUCAGCACAGUUAUUGUUUUUUAAACCUGUGACUCCAAAAGCACUGUGUGUAUCAAUUAACUGAAAGAUUCUGAAGGUGAGAACUCCACUAUAGGACAUCUCAAACAGUGGAUUUUUUUUUUUUUUAAGAGAAGUGGUGUUAGUUUCAUUUAAAGAAUAUCUUUGAUGAAACUUGUUGGUGUGCUGUAGACAAAGGCCUAUCAGUGUCUCCCUUAUAAGUAACUAUAUUUGCAGGGGUUGUGUCUCCUUUUGUUAAAAAAAAACAAACAAACCUUAAUUAUGACUGAAUCUUACUGGAAAUAUGAAGCCCACUCGGGGAUGGGGGGAGGGGCUGAUGUGCCCAGAGCAUUGAGGUAGAGGUGUGAAAAGAUUAAAAACUCUAAUUUUUUCACUCCCCUGAUCCUGUUGCAGCUCUGUGGUGACUUGGUCCCACUGCAUCCUGAGAGCAGCUCUAUGGUGGUUGCAAACAGUCCUGUAGGGACCAGAAAUGUGGCUAGUAAUGUGCAAAACAUAGGGCCAUGUCCCCUUUUCCCUGCUAUCCUGGCAGGCUGGUAAACAAACGUUUAUUCUGCCUCUGUAACACUGAAAUAUCAUCCUUACCCUGAGAUGAUCCUUCCUAAGCCUAUUAAACUCUAUUUUGGACAAGCUUAUGCCAACAAUUCUCUGCAAAUUAGCCACAUUGCAUUGAAGAAUUUGGCCCUUAAGAACUGAUUCCACAAACCCAUAUUCAUAUGAGUAGUCCUAUUGAUUUCAAUGCCCAGGUUGUUAUGAUUUACAAAAUUUAGAAAAUAACUCAAUACACAUUUAGGCUUUUAGGAGUCCAGAAAAGAAGAAAAGUUUCUCUUAUUUGCUUUGAGUCCCAAAUAUGGAAUGACUCUAUGUUUUGCAGUAGAAGGAAGAGAUUAAAAAAUAUUUCUAAAUUUAGAAAAAAAAAUUAUUUCAUGUGCACUUUAAAACUAUAUAUGUAGUUUUAGAGCUUGGAUCACGUGUACCAGCUACAUAAUCAGCAGAGAUGUCAAAGUAGUCAUACAUUAUAGAUAGUAAACAGCUGUGAGGGAGCUGUUACUGUCUUGGGCAAAAAUUAGACUGUAAUGGAACCAUUAUGUGUUAUAUAACUCAUGUCAACUUUGUUGUUUUUAGUAAAAACUCACAGUUGUGUGGUGAGAAUACACAGUCAAUAGCAUUAGAAGUGUGACAAUUCUCUAAAAAGUCAAAUACUGAGUUGUAGGUUAAAUUAUCAAAAGCUACUGAUCUAUUAUGGAAAAGGAUGAAAAUUGUUAAUUUAGAAAUUAUUCUCCCUGCUACUUUUUGGGGGCAGGUGACAUAAGGUUUUCUUAUUUUUAAAGCUAUAGAUAUGGGCAAAGAAUUAAGAUCACGUUUCAAGUGUGUGGCUUUCAGCCAUGAUCAUGGGAUCAGGUUAAACAGUCUGCAAUAACUAGACUCAGAAAAGUGAUUGAAUUGUCAUUUGUCUCCUCUAUGUAGUCUAACAACAUUUAAAGAGUGUUAAUUCUGAGGGAAUUAAAUCCAUUCUAAUAAUAAUAAUAAUUUAAGAUGCCUUGAAUUUGAUUUGUUGUAAACCUAAAAGGUAACUUAAACAUUCCACCUGAGACUGAAAUAAAGGAUGAUUUAGUGUGGUAGCAUUUCACAUGCCAUACACUGCACUUCAAGGUUGGAGAAGCAUAAAUCGAAAGCAAUAUUCUUGCACUACUAGAAUUAUCUGGCAGAGACAGCAACACAGAAAUGUCAGUGUCUUCCCCCUGGGAGGGAGAAUUGUAAACCAAAGGGGAGGUAGUCUUUCAUAGAUGUGUAAUAUUUAUACACCUGGCUACUGUGUACAAUUAUGUGUACACCAUUAAUCAUUUUUCACAAUACCUGAUGUGAUGGUCUCAUUUCAAAAGAGGGAAAAUGUCUGGACUAAAAGCAUUUAAUUGGUUUUCAGGGAGUUUCAUGGCCUCAGUAAAUCUGAUAUAGGAAUCAGUUUUCACAGUAAAUGCUUCUCUAGGGUUGAGAUUGUCCUAAGGAAUCUGUUGUAGUAGGAAAGAAUAUAUUUUAGUGGAGUGGGUAAUUUCAAAAGACUAGAAGAUGGCUUUUUUUUUUUAAAUAUUUCCAAUCUUUUGCUUGCUAAGUUAUGGAUGUCAGAAGUAUUUAAAACAUCAAAGUAAAAUAUAAGACUAGUCCCUAAACAACUUCUAAUGCUUUUAAAAUUAAGUUUUAUAAGGCAUUGGUCAGUACCAAGCUCCUUCCUGAACUACAUAUCAAGAGUUCUGUUUCUGCUACUACAAAGCAAACAAACGAAGUGGUUACAGAAAGGUAAGAAAAUAAAAAAUCUAGUACUGGGAAUUAACUAGUAACUAACUUUAUAAACACAUUUCUUGACUGAUGUGGAACUUAAGCAAAUACUGCACUGCUCUUUUUAAAGAUCACUUUAAGUGUGUUUAAAACAAAUAUUGAAUAAUGCCUUGAACCUUUUUUAUGUGCCUAUGCAGAACUGUAUGUGUAUAGGCAAAACUACAGCCGUGUGUUUGAAUGUGUAAACUGUCUUGGCCCUUUAGUGUUAAACUUCAAAAAGCAGUAGAAACUGUACUAAAUAUCAAGGCUAGUAGGUACUGACAUUCAUGUAAAUUACAUGUAUACCUCACAAGGAAACUUUAUGGGCCCAGGCAAGGAAUACCUGCAACAUUAUUAUGGGAACUGCUUGUUGUGGCUUAUUUUCUGAGUUUUGAGGAACAUAUGUGCUUCGACUGAACUUUUUAUGUUGUGUGCUGGAAAAAACGUGGACUUUCUUCAUAGGAGCAGGUCUUUAGCCUCUUUCUCAUACUUUUAACAGUUUAGCAGAGAAAAUGGUUUGGUCCUGUAUACUUCCCUCCUGCCCACAUCACUACCCUCUCCUAUUUUGGAUAGGCUGCUCUGUAUUUGGUUAUCAUAACAAAUUUUGACAGUGAAUGAACACUGACAUCUGUCAUGAGAGCUUAUCAGAGUUUACCUGUUAAUCUUAUCAGAUAUACCACCUCAGUGGUAAAUUUAUUUUGUUUGCUUUUUUUCGCUAAAAUAGCUGCUUUGAAAAACAUUUACCUGACAGUUCAAAUCCCCACUCUUUUUAUUGUUAUGAUUGUGAAUUGUAAUCUUAUUUAUGUUGUCAGAUACUUGUGGCAUCAAAUCUAUCAAGGCCUACAGCUAGUAACCAAAAUAAUCACGUUAACUUAUGCUCCUUGGGUUUCUUGAUAAGAUACUCUGUCAAGAGUUUUUAAGAGAAGUUGAACUGUCUGAAUAAACUUGGUUGCAAUCUUUUUUCAUAACUAUUGUAUUAAAUGAGGCAUGUUUUAUGACAUUGGCUUGAUCUUUUUUCUAUAAUACUUGAAAGUUGUUGAAGCCUUUAGACAAAGUAACUUUAAAAAUAAGUUCUACUUACGAAUCUUUAAUGUGAUGAACCUCUCUUGAAAUUAGACUAAAAUCUAUCAUUUCCCAUGUAAAAAUACAUGAUUUAUAGGUCCACUUAUGAAAAUUCAGAUAAUGUUUUUCUCAGCCCAUUCAUAUUUACUGAUAAUUUUUCAUGUUAAAUACAUUAAGGACAUGUGGCUACUCGUUUUGACACCCAAAUGUCAGAAUAAUAGCCUGAAAGUGAUUGUUUGAACAUCAUGCUCUAAAUUUCAGUCAUUGAUUCUUUUUUUGGUUGUUUUUGGAUUGGUAUGUGUUUUGAGGCUGGUCCUGCAGUGCUCAUGCAACCAAAACUCCCAUUGACAUCAAGGGGAGUUUUGGGUGUCCACAGGAUGCAGUAUUAAGACCUGCAUUCAGAUGGUCAUCAAAGUGACACUGUUAAUCUGAAACCUAAUCCAUUUAAAAAAGUAAGGGAUUGAAGGGACUUUCAGGAAUGGUCUCAGAGACUGUAUAACCCUGCCCAUUUUUGUUACUACUUUUUAAUUUAAAAAAAAAAAAGUCAUGUUUUUCUGGUGUGUGGAAGACCCAGACAGACUGGGAAACUGACUUAAAGUUAUCAAACUGAAACAAAUAACUUUGUUCUCUAAUCUUUUGGUUGUAGUCUUCUUGAGUAUUUACCACCUACUGUUAGAACAAGUAAUUUUUGAAGUUGACAGUCUCUUUAAAAUUAACUCACUCUAGAAUAGCUAGUGCCUGAUCUUCACCACUGAAGUCAGUGGGAGCCUUGCCAUUGGCUUCAACUGACACAGAAUCCAUCCCCAAAUGGUGGGUAACAGUUUAGUUUUCAAUGCUUAUGUUCAUGGUAGUGUGAAUUGUCUUGGAUGUAAAUGCUAAAACUCUUACUAUAGGAUUUUGCACACAAAACAACUAAAUGCUCUUUUUGGUCAUUCUUUAAAACUCUUACUGCAACAUAAAAAUUGAGAAGGUCUCCUAGGGUGUGUCAGCCAAAAAGGAUGACAGAUGUAUCUAAAUGUGGCAUACCAAUUUCAUGUAAGGAAAGAUGUUUACAACAACUUUGUCUAUUUGAAACUCUACUGUACUUUACUCUAACUCAUGAGCGAGGAUUUUCUGUAGUUAACUUAAAAAUUUGUUCUGAGUGAAGCAGGCUUUUUAAUUAUAGCACUAGCACUAUAUAAACUUAUAGAAGCUGAUGAAUUAUGAUGCUGCUUACUUACACCACAGGAGGGAGUUAAACAUCAAGCUUUUGAAUAAUUUUACUUACCUGACUGCACAGAUUUUUCCAGUACAGUGUUUCAGUAGCCAAAUCCAUUCUCAGAUAUGCUGAAUUUAACUUACUCCUAUGGAUUGUUACUGCAAUUUUGUGUAAAAAUGUAUAAAGUUCAAUACACAAUAGUAACUUAUUGUGAUUGUUUACAGUUGAACUCUAAAUGCCAAUGAAUGGUUUUAUCAAACUGUUUAAAAAAGGAAUAAAAGUGUUUUGAAAAAUAAA